AUGAAGCUGCCCAAGAGCUUGGUGGUGGUGGCGAGUUUGGAUCUGAUUCAGGAUUGGCAGCUGUCGUAUGUUGAAGGCAUGGAGCGAGCUGGGAAUCAGGUGAAACUCAUUUUUUUGCAAGAUGCUACGAUUGGGUUCUACUUCCUGCGUAAUAAUCAGCACUUCCACUAUCUGAUGGAUGAGAUUAAGAACUUCUUCAGUACCCCCUAA